AUGAACACAGACAAGGGCCCCUUUUUUUUUUUCGUAAGAAAGGAGACGGAUAGCGAAACCGGAGUAUGCAGCUAUACCUAUAAUAUAAUCUGCCAGUUGCAAGUAUUUAUCGCCCAACCGAGCGGAUCGCCACCUGUCAACGCGACUCAUAUAGAAAUUGAAGUUAUUCAACGCGCAAUUAUGCCACCAAUUUGCACUGCAAAGGCAAAAAAAGCCCUCAAAUUAGAGGGCAAGAUCGAAGCUGCAAUUUCUGCUUACAAAAAGAAGCAAAUUCCUUCAAUUAAAGAAACUGCGCAUCUUUUUGGUGUGCCAUAUACUACCCUACAGUCUCGACUUAAGGGACGCCCUGCAAGAGUCAAUUUACGCGCAAAUUCACAUAAAUUGACUGCAAAUGAAGAGGAAAUGCUUGUCAAGUGGAUUCUGGACCUAGAUAAGCGUGGAUUACCUCCUCAACCUCCUUUUGUUAAAAAUAUGGCUAAUCAUCUUCUAUCUCAACGUGGGUCUCAAGGUCCUCCUCCGCAAGUUGGCAAGAACUGGGUUUCUAACCUACAAGAUAAUCCGCGAGUGGGGGACUGCUUACACAAGAAGAUUAUGGAGUAUGGGAUUCAGCCGGAUGAUAUAUACAACUUUGAUGAGACUGGUUUUGCCAUGGGCCUCUGUGCAACUUCAAAAGUUAUCACAAGGAGUAAGGUUUAUGGCCGUCCAAAGCUUCUACAACCUGGUAAUCGCAAAUGGGUUACAGCAAUUGAGUCAGUUUGUGCAACAGGAUGGAGCCUUCCUACCUAUAUCAUCUUCAAAGCAAAAGAACUUCAAGACGCCUGGUUUGAUGAACUUCCAGAAGGCUGGCGGCUUGAUAAAAGCAACAACAGAUGGACAACUGAUGAAAUUAGCCUAAGGUGGCUUAAAAAUCAAUUCAUUCCUGAGACAGAGAAGCGCAGGAAAGGUGCAUAUCGACUACUAGUUCUUGAUGGCCAUGGAAGCCAUCUUACACCUCAAUUUGACAAACUCUGCACCCAAAACAAAUUAUCCCGAUUUCAGCAGAUGCAGCACGGCUUCAAUCACAUUGCAAAGCUUGACUUCUUAGAGGCAUAUCCUGCAGCAUGCGCAGAAGCCUUUAAGGCUCAUACUGUUCAAAAUGGCUUUAUAGCCACUGGGAUUCAUCCAUUUAAUCCAGACCGAGUUAUUCAAAAGCUCCAUAUUCAACUUAAGACGCCUACACCACCAGGAAGUCGAUCCAGUAACUCACAGUCAUCCUGGGGCUUACAGACGCCUCAUAAUCCUUGUCAACUACAGCGGCAAGCAACUGCAGUCAAGAAACUUAUAGAGCAAGGUCAUACAAGUCCUUCAAGUCGGUUUAAUGAAGCGUUCAAUCAAAUUACAAAGGCAUGUGAAUCCACCAUGAUUCAAGCAGCAAUAAUGAAGAAGGAAUAUCAGGAUUUACUUGCUGCACAUGAGAAGGAGAAGCAAAAGCGUCAAAGAUCCAAGAAGAAGAUACGUCAUGAAGGAGGAAUUACUAGAGAAGAAGAGCAGGAUCUCAUAAGGUCAAGAGAUCAAGUUGUUGAACCUCCAGUCAAUGAUCCUCUACAGUCUCAAUUACCGGCCUCUCCACCGCAUGUACGCCCACAAUAUAGGUGUAGCGAUUGUAAUACUCUGGGCCACAGAAGGAAUCAAUGUCCUAAUCACAAUAACGCGUUGAGAGGUGCGAUCCGCUCGGUUGUGGAUUACGUUACAUCCGAUCGACUUGGCCGUGGCACGCCUCGGAUUUCUCCCCCAAUACGGAAGAAUCUGUGCUCCCAGAGAAUGGAAGACUACAUCCGGCUUCCAGAAGGCGACGAUGAGGCCGCGGUCCGCGGGAUUUGCGCCCUAGUCUGGCCACACAUGUCGAUCAACCAGGGUUGUUCGGAGUCUGACACGGACAGAAGCCGCUUCUCCGAAGGCCCUGAUAACUACAGAGUACUCCUCCGUACUGAUAAUGGGGCGUUAAUGGGCGUUCAGGAGAGCAGCCCCCGGAAGGCCAGCCCGGCAGGCCGGGCGGUGGGGCGACUCCGACAGGCAGGAAUGAUCGAUCCACUUGCAGGCCCAACCCCAACGUCGGAGUCGCUAGCCAAGACGAUCGCUGGCGACGGGGCACAGCAGAGUAAUAAUCUAAAGACGGUAUUAAUUUGUCCACGAUUCCGUCGGAAGGCUCCCCGGCCAGUCAGCGUGCCAGACAGAACGACCGUUUUGCAGGCGCCCGUUAAUGCGGCGUUCGGCUCUCCGCUUCCCCGGGGGGAGCUCCGCGGCCUCUGGGGAAGUCUCCAGGCUCCACCGCACCGGCUUGGCCGCUGCAAGGCGAGAGGACGAUGCUUGGGAAUGAAUCGGCAGCAAGAUAAGGCGAACAAGUCAAGGCAUGCAAAUCGUCUCCCCACACGUCUGGCUCCUUUGGCCCCUGGUUGGGGCGAUAGACUGGAACGGUGGAAAUUUGAGUAUUCACUCCUGACAUCACCACUGGAAUCCGCAUUACUGCAACGACAUCGCCACCAAGUUGACAACGGCCCAACAGCAUACAAAACGAUCGAUCGAUCGGCUGGCUGGCUGUUCUGUUCUGAACUCUACUAUUUUCUUCCAACUCGAAAACUCCCGAAAUAUCGAUCACCACCAACCAAUCGCUUGAAUAAAUCGUUCUUUCUUUCCUGUCCCCAAAGAUUACUAAAAAUGGCAUCGACCAUCCCUCAGAACCGACCACAAAAUCACAUCCUGGCCCCGUCACCCAUCAGACCGUCAUCAUCCUCCACCUUCAGCCAGGACAUCUCCCGUGCCAUCGAGGCAUCCGCAUCCAUGCUCCCCAAAUACUACACCUACAACCAAUACGAGUCUGCUGCUGCUAAGGAGUCAUCGACAAUCGACAACAACGGCAACGACGCCAGCAGCUUCGUGGACUGGGAUCACCAUCAUCAACCCCCGCCGCCGCCCCCGUCGCCGGUGGGAUUCCCGUCCUCGUACAAUAGCUAA